UAACAAAUUCACAGAAAACAGGGGGUUAAUUAAGGCGGACUGGCCACUUUCUGUCACCUUACCAAAAACCUCAUCCUUUCGCCCUCAGCAUGCAUUGAUACCACCAAAGCACAUUUCCUUAAAGAACGUGCACCCAAAAUCACCUCACAUUCUCCGUCCGAUCAAAUCCAACGGCAGAUACCCUGUCAACAUUAACAGGCGUGAACAAACGCACAAUACCAACUCAACGAACGAUACCGCAGAAAUCAGAAACGAAGAGUGAAGACUGAAGAUCUCUGUCCUUUCGUUUCCGCCCAGAACUUUACCAAAAUUACACUAACGCACCCGAACGACAGACAAUAAUGCACCAAAAGUCGGAUUCGGAGGUGACGAUGAGCGUAGAGCAGUCGACGCCGCCGCGGUCGCCUCGCCGCCCGAUUUACUACGUCCAGAGCCCCUCCAACCACGACGUCGAUAAGAUGUCGUACGGUUCGAGCCCCAUCGGCUCGCCGCAGCACCACUACUACCACUGCUCCCCUGUGCACCACUCCCGCGAGUCCUCCACGUCGAGAUUCUCCGCCUCCCUGAAAAACCCCCGCAGCAUGUCCACCUGGCGGAAGCUGCAGCGCGGCGACGAAGUGGAAUUGUCCGAAGACGACGAAAGUGGCUCCGCAGUCGACGACGGCGGCCCGGCGCGUAAUAUUAGGUUGUACUUCUGCUUCGCGCUGCUGUUCGUUGUACUCUUCACGGUGUUUUCUUUGAUCUUGUGGGGCGCCAGCAAGGCUUACGAGCCUCGAGUCAUUGUUAAGAAUAUUGUGUUCGAGAGUUUCAAUAUACAGGCGGGGAGCGACAGGACGGGGGUGUCGACGGAAUUGCUGUCGUUGAAUUCGACGGUUAGGAUCUCUUACAGGAAUCCGGCGACAUUUUUCGGCGUCCACGUCACUUCUACUCCAUUGGAGCUCCACUAUUACCAGCUCAAGGUUGCGUCCGGGCAGAUUGAAAACUUCUACCAAGCAAGGAAGACGCAUCGAACAAUAAGGACGGUUGUGCUAGGGUACCAAGUGGCUCUUUACGGUGGAAUUUCAGAUAUUCAACAUGUUAAAGAGGAUCAGCAGAGAGUGCUAAUACCACUGAAUCUGACGUUCGUUGUGAGGUCAAGAGCCGACAUUUUGGGAAAACUAGUGAAGUCCAAGUUUUAUGAGAGAAUCAGAUGUUCUGUCACCCUUAGAGGAAGCACACUAGGCAAGCACUCUAAUUUGACAGACUAUUGUGUGUACGACUGAAUGAUAUACCAUGUUUAUCACUUGUAAUUUUUUUGGGGAUCUCUUAGCGUGGAUUAAUUGUACCAAUUCAACUGCUUAGAUUAUCUUGAUGUCUCAAGCAACAUCUCUUUCUCGAUGAAGUUCUGCACGAUUUGGUUAGUUCAGAAGUAAGCCUGAACUUACUUUAAAGUCUUUGCUCAGCCCGAACAUUCCUACCUUGCCCUGACUUGAGCGCUAGGGAAUUAUCCAGUGGCCAAGCUCACUAUGCGGCAACAACAUCCAUCCAACAAGCUAUUCUUCUUGUUAGCGAAGGCUUCUUGAAAAUGAGUUGGUGGGAUGACUAGGAGCGGAAGAUGCUAGACACUGGAGGACUUUGGAAAGAACCGAAAUGAGGAGCUACAGGGACCAAAAUGGAAAAGGCACGAAGCAGAGUAACUAGCUAGUUAAUUUAAUAGACACUCCUCUGGCCAGUUAGAAAGGCAAUAAAGUCAGUAUAGACUAUAAAGAAAAGGAUUUUUAAUGUACCCUCAAUACAUCUUGCUACCAUGCAUAUAGUCUCAUUUAAAAAUAAAUUUUUUUUGUCCCCAA